ACAAGGUCAGGAAUCAAACAUGGCGGCGUCCGUUGUGUUGAAGUCCGUGUGGAACUCAUUUGCGGCGUUAAACUGCGGUAUUAACGGGAACUUAAGUGUUCUACAAAGGAUAACGAUACCGCAGUUAUCGUCUUUAGUGACCCAUAGGAGAGGAAUACGCCAAGUGGUGGAAAAACGAGAGAACAAGACAGUAACUAUUGAAGGGAAAAUCCUGGCUCUUCCAGCUGCACCGCAACCUCCAAACCCCACAGCCAAGUGUCCUAUCUAUAGAUGGAACCUGCAGAACAAAUACAACUACACGGAUGUGCUGCUGCUCAGUCAGUUCAUCAGGUCAGAUGGAGGGAUGCUGCCCAAAAGAAUCACUGGCUUGUGUCCACAGGAGCAUCGCAAGAUCGUCGAAUGUGUGAAGAUGGCUCACAGAGCAGGUCUGCUUCCUGACCACAGGCCCAAACUUCCAGAAGGCCACGUCCCAAAGCCUAAGCCACAACUCAACAGAUACCUGACCCGCUGGUCCAUUAAGUCUGUCAAGCCCAUCUAUAAACGCGGACCGAAGUGGUGCAAGAACCGCAUGUGCGUUGGAAGCCCGCUGCUCCGGGACAAUGUGCGUUACGGUCCCAGGCCCCUUUACAUAAAACACUGAAGGAUACGAAGCCUGCACUUGCAAAAUAAGUCUAUUGUACUCUAUGUGUAGUGAUAUUUUUGUUUAUAAAGAUGCGACACCAACCCGGACUACAUCAAUGUUGUUUAUUGCCAAAAAGCCCCUAGAGAGAACUAAAAGUGAUACUAUUCAGAUUUUUUUUUCUGCAUGCGUGCAAACUGAAUGAAACAAAAAGGUUUAUCCCUUUAAAAUAAACUUCUUUUUAAAGCAUGAA